AUGCUGUUACCUUGCUCCCUGUGGCUCCUGUCAUUCUGCCUUCUGUCUUGGUGUUGUGAUGCCAGGUUGCUUGUGGCUGUGGACCCUAAGUUAGAAUCAGGCCGGCACCCCAUGAGUAUAUGGUUUGCUGUAGACUUCUACAUAAUCAUGGCUUCCAUGAAAAAGUAUAACGAAGAACCAAAAUCUAGAACUUAUGUCUGGACUCUAGAGACUGGGAAGAACACAAUGAAGACUGUGAAGAGCCAUGUCCUGGAUAGUUGUUCACAACUGUGUGAGAGACUUGCUCAGGAUCCUACAGUGGAGCAUGUUUACACCAUUGAUGCAUACUUCAAGGGAUACGAGCUCCG